AUGCCUAAUAAAAAAACAAAAUUGAGUUUAAUUGAAUCUCUUAGAGUCGUUACUGAAGGAAAUGUAUCUAUGGAAUUGGACAGAGCUCGACUCAAGCAAAAGUUGGAUCAAAUUAAAGAAGAUAAAGAUGAUGUAACUGGUGCUGAAAGUAUCACUCAAGUGUUGCCGGUCGAGGAUUAUGGUCAGUGGAGUCUCGUGAUUUCCACCGAAAGUGGUGAACAAUAA